AUGACUUUAAGUAAAAAAGAGGUGAAGAUCAUUAGUCUUAUGACCUUGGACACAGUCUUCUUCCUAUUGGAAGUAAUUAUUGGUUAUUUGGUGAACUCUUUGGCUUUAAUUGCAGACUCUUUCCACAUGCUAAACGAUAUUAUUUCGUUGUCUGUUGCUCUUUGGGCAGUCAAUGUUGCCAAGAACAGAGUUGCAGAUGCAAAGUUCACAUAUGGAUGGCUUCGGGCUGAAAUUUUGGGAGCCUUGGUGAACGGUGUGUUUCUAGUUGCACUUUGCUUCACUAUCUUUAUCGAGGCUAUUCAAAGAUUCAUCCAACCUCCUGUCAUUACAAAUCCUAAGCUUAUUCUAUUCGUUGGUACUCUAGGACUUAUUUCAAACAUUGUGGGACUCUUUUUGUUUCAUGAUACUGAAAAUUCUCAUGACAGUAGUCAUGAAGAGGGACAUCACCAUGCGGCUGAUUUGGAGGCAAACAUUGUCCACGAUGGCAACGAAAGAGCACAUUUACAGCAACGCGUUGCUUCUUCAGGAAUGGCUUCCUCGUCUACAACAUCUCUGCUAUCCCAGAAUUACAAGCCGGGCAAAUUUCUUGGGGAGGCUGGUGACGAUUCCGAUAUCGACAGCAUUCUUCCGGCAGCUGUGGUGAAGAAAUUGGGCAACUAUGGUGCUACAGUCAACAGUUUGGCUACACAGACUCAGUCCGGUGCUGAUAGUUCAGCACAGGCCAAUGGUGAAUCAAACGGUUCACUCAGAGCAAAUAUUGAGAAUAGACUUCACAAACAGAACGAGAAACGGAGGAAACCAAGAUCAUUGAACAUGCAUGGUGUGUUCCUUCACGUUUUUGGGGACUGCUUGGGAAACAUUGGUGUUAUGGCAACUGCUCUUUUAAUCUGGAAAACCGAUUACAGUUGGAGAUUUUACUUUGACCCUGCAGUGUCGCUGGUUAUUACCUUCAUUAUUUUCUCUACGGCUGUUCCUUUAUGCAAGUCAUCAUCUCGUAUUCUUCUUCAGGGUUCUCCAGUCAGUGUUGACUCAGACGAAGUGAAGAAUUCCAUCCUGUGUAUCCCAGAGGUUAUUUCUGUUCACGACUUCCACAUUUGGAACCUAACUGAAGCUUACCUGAUUGCUACUAUGCACGUUGAUCUUAACUGUUCUCCAGAACGAUUCUUGACUAUUGCAGCAAACAUUAAGUCUCAUCUACACAACUUUGGAAUCCACAAUGCUACAAUUCAACCAGAGUUUUCUAACUAUUACGCAAGAGAACACAUGCUCCCAAAGAGAUACUCAUCUUCUCAGAAUCUUCCUGCUCAGGCGAUGACGAGUGAUUCUGUUUACAAUGCAACAGGUAAUGGCUCUUCAGAGAAUCUUAUUCAUCCAGGUAGUCAUGAUUCGUCCAAGCAUUCAGCCACUGAGGGUAAUGAAUCUAUAAACGAUCUACACUGUAUGGUGGAUGCCUGUGCUAACUGUACCACUUCAGACUGCAUAAAUUAG